AUGCGAUCCGUGUCUUACUUUGUUAACUGGGCUAUCUACGGCCGGAACUACAACCCCCAGGAUUUGCCAGCCGACAAGUUGACGCAUGUGCUAUAUGCAUUUGCCAACAUCCGUCCCGAGUCGGGAGAAGUGUUCCUAACCGACAGCUGGUCCGACAUUGAGAAGCACUAUCCUAGUGACUCCUGGAACGAUACCGGUAACAAUGUUUAUGGAUGCAUGAAGCAGCUGUAUCUUUUGAAGAAGCAACACCGCAAGCUCAAGGUCUUGCUUUCCAUUGGUGGCUGGACUUACUCCUCCAAUUUUGCUCAGCCAGCGAGUUCACCUGAGGGUCGGAAUCGAUUUGCCGAGUCGGCGACCCGCUUGGUCCUUGAUUUGGGUCUUGAUGGAAUCGAUAUCGACUGGGAGUAUCCUCAAGAUGAUGGCCAAGCCCAGAACUUUGUUGAUCUGCUCCGCGCUUGCAGAGAACACCUCGAUCGUGCCGCAGGUCCCAAUCGCCAUUUCUAUCUGACGAUUGCCUGUCCUGCCGGACCAAGCAAUUUCAACAGAUUAAAGAUCCGCGAUAUGAUCCCCCCUGCUGGACUUCUGGAAUCUCAUGGCGUACGACUAUGCGGGGAGCUGGGAUACUGCUGCAGCUCCACUCCAUUUUCAACGGCUGCCGCCCUGGACCAUUACAUUACCAGAAACGGUGUGCCGCCUGACCGGAUAGUUCUGGGUAUGCCGCUGUAUGGACGCGCGUUCGCGGAGACGGAUGGACCUGGCAGACCGUUCAAUGGAGUGGGCGCCGGCAGCUGGGAGAAUGGAGUCUGGGACUACAAGGCCUUGCCGCGUCCAAAUGCAGCCGAGAACAUUGAUACGCAGGCAGGCGCAUCUUGGUGCUAUGACAGUGGUUCCCGUACAAUGGUUUCCUACGACAACGUCCAAAUGGCCCACAUCAAGGCAGAUUUCGCCCGGCGUCAAGGCCUUGGUGGGGGUAUGUGGUGGGAGAGUAGCGGUGACAAAGGAGGCAAGGAGGCCAAUGCCCGAGAUGGCAGUCUGGUUGGCACCUUCGUCGAUGGAAUUGGUGGCGUUAGUACGCUUGACCAUAGUGACAAUGCUCUUCACUUCCCAGAGAGUAAGUACGACAAUGUGCGAAACGGGAUGCAGUAA